AUGGAGUGUGGGGGAUGGAGUGUGGGGGAUGGAGUGUGGGGGAUGGAGUGUGGUGGGAGAGGUGGGAGUGGGGAGUGUGGUGGGAGUGGGGAGUGUGGUGGGAGUGGGGAGUGUGGUGGGAGUGGGGAGUGGGGUGAGAGUGGGUUGGGAGUGGGUUGGGUGAGGUUGGGAUGGAGUGGGGGUGGAGAAUGGCGUGGGGAGGAGGAUGGCGUGGGGAUGGAGGAUGGCGUGGGGGUGGAGGAUGGCGUGGGGUGGAGGAUGGCGUGGGGUGGAGGAUGGCGUGGGGUGGAGGAUGGCAUGGGGGUGGAGAUGGCAUGGGGGUGGAGGAUGGCGUGGGGGUGGAGGAUGGAGUGGGGAUGGAGGAUGGAGCGGGGGAGAGAGGAACAGAAUUUGUCCAGAUAA